AUCUGACACUACGAGCUGAACCGGAUGCGAGUCAUACGGCUGCAGUUCACGAGUGAUGCACAUGCUCGUAACAACAACAAAAAAAUUCAAACUUACAUCUCCUUACAUGUAGAUUGAUAGGUCGUUUCAAUAUAUAAUGGCAGUGGAAGGAUUGGAUCUGACGGUUUUUACAAACCCCGAAAGAGAUGAGAUUUUAAAGGUUUUGGAGAGAGAUAAGUUAGUGAGACAAAUGGAUGAAAAGAGAAUAAGCAUCGCAAAAACUUUGAAAAAUACAAUCAGCAUCGUAAAAUUUAAACUUCUAUCGGGAGAAUGGGUGCGUGAAGCAAAGAAAAAUUCUCUGCGGAACCAUGGCCAGACAGCAAAAUACAUACGGAAAUCAUUUCAAAACUUGCGUCCGACUGGAAAUUCAAAUGCAAUUAUCGACGAAAGUAAAAAGCCCGAAAAGAUUGAGGCGACAGAGUUACGAAACCAGCAGGAAACUGAGCAAAAGUUGCUGCUGAAACGAACGCCUGAACCUAGUUUCACACCGGAAAAUAAAAAUGAUCAAGUACCAUAUGAGACUAUUCUUGGUCACUCACACGAAGUUCAAGAAUUGGGAGGAGUUUUCCCGACACAAUCAAAUCAGCAAACAACGAAGAGAUGUACAAAACUGGGACAAGGGAGACCACGAUAUCGAUCUGAGCCAGAGGAUAAACCGUCUACUCUUCAAGAAAUUCUUGCCACACUCAGCAUUACAUCCCCGGUUCAGCGAAGAAGGUAUCUCUCUACUCCGGGUAGGGUGGGCAAGGAAACAAUCAAAAUUACGGAAGAAGAAAAAUCUAUUUUUGAUGCUCUCGUUAUACGGGAUCCAGUUGAUGAAACGGCUCCAACUAUUUCGAAUAACCAGAACUUUUUCACGAUUAAGCACAAACACGAAGUUGACAUGAACGUUGUUCGAGAAAUGGUAAGAAAGGAAACGAUUAUGACAACAGGUACUGAACCGCCGACGCGAAGAAAAAGAAUAGAUAAUCCAACGUCCUAAAAUACAAGUUCAAAUUGAGCAGAACUGACCAUAUUUUACAAAUAUUCGAUGGAUGGGAGCUUCAAGACGUGUGAUAUAUGCUCUGGUGACCGUACAUUUGAACCCACGUACAUUUGAACCCAUGUCUAUAUCAGCGGGUUCAA